AUGCGAUAUGAGUGCAGAUAGUGAAGAUAACGAUUUAUAUACCUUUGAGCUUACACGAAUUGUUACCAACAUUGAAAAUGAAAUCACAAUUGAUGAUCCUACAGAUGCUGUUGAAGUUACGCCACAUGCUAUUUUUCGUUUAUUUUUUUCUGAUUUACAACUAGAUACUAUCGUUAAAAAUACAAAUUACUAUGCUGUAGCAAAAUCAGCAGGUAAAGGGCGUGAGUGGGUUUCUUUAACGGUAGAAGAAUUAUUGAUAUGGUUAGCUCUAGUGAUUUACAUGGGCGUUUUUAAACAGCCAAGUAAGGAGGAUUAUUGGAAAACAGAUUGGAAGUAUCCGCAACAUAAAAUUACUAAAUAUAUGACAUUGGUUCGAUUCGAACAAGCUCUUAACUUGGUCAUAGCACACAAAGAUUUAAGAAUAAAUUUAGCAUGGAAAUUAGUCGAAGAAUCAUUGGAAAUGAAUGAAAAAUCACGUACACGAAAAAAAAAGGCCGAAAUUCAAUCAGAAUUACAUAAUCAAAGUCCGGAACAAAAGUCUUUUUAUGUUACAAAAAAAUUUGACUUACCCAUUACACGAUUACAACCACAAAGCCAUUAUCCGGAAUGGCGUGAAGACAGAGGUUCUUGUAUUUGGUGCCGGUUUCAAUACAUGGAAAAGCAUGGAAAGCAUGAUAAGAAUUCACCGCAAAGUUAUUUAUGGUGGCAGAUCUGCCCUGAAUUUCAAAUGGUUUAA